GCGCGGUCUCGUUGUGUGUGCUCUCUCUGCUCUGCGCAGCGCCUGCGAGCGGGAGGGAGUCGGCGGUUCCAGCGUGUGCGGCUUCGGUAAUGAUGCACUAAACCUGCCUCCUCAUUCAUACUCUCACAACCCAAGCAAAAAUCCCAACCAACAACAUCUCCAUUGUGAUUAAUUCUCCCAAGUUUCAUCGUUGCUAUUGAACUCGGCUGUGGAAAAAAAAGGUUUAAUGAAAAAGAAAGACGAGAAGAAGCGCACGGCAACGUUACGACUGUUUUUAUUUUCAUCCCAUUCUGAAUGACGGGCGGACGGUUCGACUUCGACGAUGGAGGCACUUUCUGUGGCGGAUGGGAGGACGGGAAAGCCCACGGACACGGCAUCUGCACGGGACCCAAGGGUCAAGGCGAGUACGCCGGGUCCUGGUCCCACGGUUUUGAGAUAGUCGGGGUCUACACCUGGCCCAGCGGGAAUACGUACCAGGGCUACUGGUCGCAAGGCAAACGCCACGGGCUUGGUGUUGAGACCAAGGGGAAAUGGCUUUAUCGUGGGGAGUGGAGUCACGGGUUCAAGGGUCGCUAUGGAGUUCGGCAGAGCACCAAUACACCUGCUAGAUACGAUGGGACGUGGAGUAAUGGACUACAGGAUGGCUAUGGAGUCGAAACCUAUGGGGAUGGUGGCACUUAUCAAGGCCAGUGGAUGGGGGGCAUGAGGCAUGGCUACGGUGUACGACAGAGCGUGCCUUAUGGAAUGGCCACCAUCAUACGCUCUCCGCUUCGCACCUCUCUGGCCUCCCUAAGGAGUGUGCAAAGCAAUGGCGCCAUCCUGCAGGAUACGGUACCUGACACACCAGUUGGAAGCCGUGGUGGUUUCGUGCUGAAUUUUCACAGCGACACCGAAGUCGUCACCGGGAAGAAGAAGGGCCUGUUCCGCCGCGGGUCCCUCUUUGGCAGCCUCCGCCAGCUACGGAAAUCUGACUCCAAAACGUCCAUCUCUAGCAAACGGAGCUCGGCGCGUAGUGACGCCACCAUGAGCCGCAUCAGCUCCAGCGACGCCAACUCCACCAUUAGCUAUGGAGACGGAGAAGUGCCCGAUGAGUUCACGCCCAUGGAGGACCACGUGGAUGCCACCACCACCGAGUCCUACAUGGGCGAGUGGAAGAAUGACAAGCGCAAUGGAUUUGGAGUCAGUGAGCGAUCCAAUGGGCUAAAGUACGAAGGGGAAUGGUUGAACAACAAGAGGCAUGGAUACGGAUGCACAAUAUUCCCAGAUGGAACCAAAGAGGAGGGGAAGUAUAAAAAUAAUGUGUUGGUGCGUGGGAUAAGGAAGCAGCUUAUUCCUCUUAAAAACCAUAAAACUAAAGAGAAAGUGGACAGGGCCGUGGAGGGGGCUCGAAGGGCGGCAGCUAUCGCCAGGACGAAAGUGGAAAUAGCAGUUUCAAGGACGUCCCACGCAAGGACUAAGAGUGAAGCAGCAGACCAGGCCGCACUUGCAGGAUGUCAAGAAUCCGACUUAGCCAGAGCUGUGGCUUAUGAAUUAUCUCCAAGCUUCCAUCAACCAGGACUUGACUACAUCAAACAAAAGUUCAGUGAGCCGGUGGAGGAGAUUAAGGAGGAAGCACCUAAAGAGGAGGAGGAGGAGAAGGAGAAGUCUUCUACCAGCCCUUUCUAUCGCCACGGCACGACUCCAACCCACUCUCCUGUCCAGAGCCCAAACCCGUCACCUCCUCACUCUCCUCAGAAGAGCCAAGCACCCAACCCCAGUGCCAGCCGCAAGAUAAGCAAAGACAACAGCAGCGUAGCCCGAAAGAUAAGCAAGGACAGUAGUAGUGUAGCUCGCAAGAUAAGCAAAGAAGAGAGAGCCUCAAUUGUGGCAGAGAUCACCAAAGUAUCCGCCCCUCCUCUUGUACCGGCCAUCAAGUUACAGGAAGUGCCCCCACCGAAACCCCCCAAGGCCCUUAUGCCCCCGCCCAAACCUGCGAGCACAGGUAAUGGGCAGCUACAUGCUGCUUAUCACAGUUACUAUGUGAAGCCAAUGUCGAAGAUGCCUCCACCAGAAGAACCAGAAGAUGAAGAGCCUGAGAUGACACAGUCUAGCUUGGCCAGGAUGCCUCCGCCACCCAAACUAGUCAGGACACCCACUCCCAAACCAGAGCCCAAGAUCAGGAAACAAGAGUCCAUUAAACCAAAGAGCUUAGCUGAUACCAAGAAAGCCAGCAUAGAUAUGGCAGAUGAAACACUAGCGGAAGAAUCUGGUCCUAACUCAGUUUUGGUUGCAAUGGUUAUGCUUUUGAACAUUGGAUUGGCAAUCAUUUUUGUCCAUUUCCUGACAUGAAACACGACCAUUUAAGUGUUGGAUGGCAACCCACACAGUUGUGUCAAUGACCUUUCUGAAAUCCAAACGGCACCAGGCAGUCUCCAGAGAGCAGAGAGAGCUGAAGAAUCAACAUAUGGGAGUUUGAAAUCCAGAGCAUCAUCCUUGAAAAUGACAUGGUCUAAUGUCAUCCGGCUCUGCUAAACGAGGUGAAAAUAUUUCGGGGGGAAAAUUACCAUUAAAAUGGAAACAGAAGAAGAGAAUGCAGUGUGACGUGACUCAUAUCUGCUGAUGGAAAGCCUUAAUAUCAGCCACUUCAUAGGUCUCUGGCUUCUGGCAGAGACUUAACUGGAAAUGUUUGAUGAUGCACUUUUACAUGAUGGGCAGGAGCAGCUGCCUUACUCAUUUACCAUCUGACGUGUAACUGGGAGAUGUGCUCCGAGUGCCAGAGGAAUGCGUUCAGGGGACUUUGCUGCAGCGGGCGUCCGUUCCAGUGAGAGGAAACCGAACGCGUACGCCAGCGUCACUCGUCCCGUCUUACACCCUUUACUGACCCACUGCAGUUUCUUCUAGCAUCUCCUGCGUUCUUCUCGGAAGCUCCUUACUGUACUCAUCACGUUUCAGUUUUUGUUUUCAUGUACCUUUCUUUCUUUCCUUUAUGUUUGUUCACCUCAAUCAACACCGUGUUUGAAUUAUACGAAGCAAAAAAAUCACUACCAAUUUUUUUGUGUGUGCGAGUAUUGGUACUAUUUUAAAAAAAAUGGGAAAAUAUUAUAUUAUUUAUUAAAAAUGUGCAAUAUGAUUUAUUUUUACACUUACAGAGUUUAAUCUUUCACCAAUGAGGGACAUUGUAGUUCUGUCCCAUUUGUUCUGGUAUUCAAGAGACGGAAAAACAUGAACGGAUUUGAAAGGUUUCAAGUUUUGAUGCACUGAUAUGCGAUUUCCCGCUCUUUUUUUGAUCACGCCCAUUCUGAUCAUGGCAAAACCAAUGAAAAAGUCUUAUAAAGUGUGUUAUUUAUUGAAUUCUGGGAAUUGACUGUUUGUCAUGUUAUGUAAAUGAAGCCUAUGCCAUUGUGCACGCGAUGUUGUGGAAGAGUUGUCGUGCUUCAGAUGUCGGGUAUGACAUGUGACAGCAGGUGAGAUGUUUCGGAGAGAAAUAAAAAAGUCGUUGAGGGCUUGCUUGCAUGCUUGUGACCUUGGAUGCUUUGGAUAUCAAAAGUCAGGUAGUACCACAGUCGGGUGGCGCUAGAGGAAGUAGGACAUUGCCUUUAAGAGUCUUUAACAGUACUUCAGUUUACCUCAAACGAAAUAAAG